AAGUACUAUGGUUCUCAUUAUGAAUCACAGCUUCAAAUUUUAUUGUGUUUUCAGCAAUUAAAUAGUUAUAAAAUUAAAAUACGGUGUGAAAAUUAAAUUUAAAUGAUCACUUGCAAUUUUCAUACGAUAUAAAACAAUUGAAAAUUUACAAAGGAAUUUAGUUACACUUAUACAUUGAUUUAAAUAAAACCUUAAAAUUUAAUUCUAUUUAUAUUUCGGGGAAUAAAUAUGAAAUUAUUUAUAAUAGUAAUUUUAGCAGCUUUCAUAGAGGAAGCUUGGCAGCAAUCUCUAGAUGGCUUAAUGGAAUUAGCUAAAGCUUCUGUGGAAGAUUGUUAUGAAGAUGAAGAGAAUACUAAAAAGAUUGAAAUAAGUGACACCGGUUUCGAAGAUAUUGCAAAUGGAUCACGUGAUGCUGUGAGAAAUGCGAAAUGUAUACGUUACUGUAUAAUGAAAAAACAUAAUUUGUUCUCAGCCGAUAACACCCUAAAUGAAUCUGAAAUUAUACCAUUUUUUACCUACUUAUUUAACAAUGCCAUCGAUAAGAAUCACCUUAAAACAAUUAUAGCCGAAUGUAAUAAAGUGAUAGCUAGAGAAACCGAUCGCUGUGAACGUUCUCAUAUGGCAAAUGGCUGCAUUUUGCAACGUUUGAACGAGAGUGGCAUGAAAGAUAUUUGAAUAAUGGAGAAAAUGGUUGAUUUCGAUUAAAUUGCAAAAAUAUAAUUAAUUUAAAGAAAUAACGAUGUGAUGAAUAAAGUAUAACAAAAACUUA